UUUCUGCAUCCUCAGGUGAAGAUGACUCCAGAUAUCCAGAGGCACCCUGUAAAUAUUGAAGCUGUGGGAUUAAUGCAAUGUGGAAAAAACAAGACAUACAUGUUUUCAGUGUUGUGGUCCGAUCACAAUAAAGUGCUUAUUUACAGGACUUUUGCAGAGUUCAAGAAAUUCCAGAGCGCACUGAAAAAACAAUUCCCUUUGGAGGCAGGAGCCUUAAAGAAAUCCGAGAGAAUUAUACCCAAACUAAACGAUGUUCCCCGUUCAUCAUUAAAGAGAAGAAAUCCCAAGAAGUGUUUAAAUCAACUACAAAACCUGGAAACGUAUUCCCGAUCGUUACUGAAACUUGACGCCAAGAUAUCUCAGUCCAGCUGCCUUGUGCAGUUUUUUACGCUGCAGAGUCAGGACCUUAAUCCUUCGUUCCCCGAAGACAGUCUUGUAAUUAUGCCUUCAGAGAAGAAAGAAGACAAACCUGUCACUGCCACCCAUGAUUUAGAUGUUUCUGGACCUAUGGUGACACUCAAAUACCUUUGUAUGGCAGACUUUGAAACCAUCGACUUGAAGAAUAGACCAUUUGAAGUGAAAAAGGACCAGAUUCUGGACGUUUUGUUGAAGGAAAACACAGGUUGGUGGCUUGUUGAGAAUGAAGAUAGGCAACUGGCUUGGUUCCCGGCUCCUUAUUUAAAGGUCCAUCGGGACUCUGAAGAGUAUUAUGAUGACGACGAACACCAGCCGGAAGGAACGUUUUGUGUAGUACUAAAGGCAUAUGAAGCUCAGAACUGGGAUGAAAUGUCAGUUCACAUUGGAGUAGUGGUGAAAGUCCUGAAAAAAUCCAACAGCGGCUGGUGGUAUAUCAGCUACAACGGUAGAACUGGAUACAUUCCAUCCAUCAUCCUGAAGCCAUACACAAACCCGUGUGAAAGAUUUCAGAGCAUUCUCAGAAGGGAACACUCAACCCCGAACAUCCACAAAGGGAUCUUGAACAAGGAGGACUGCCCUUAUCUAUUUCACAGUUCUUCAUUGGAAAGCCAAAGUGAAGAUGAAAACAGUCAAGGGCAAAGAGAGAGACUCAAGUCUCUGGGUGAGGAAUCAUUGGGUUCGGAAGCCAGAUCUUGCAUAGAUUUAGAUGUGGACAGUUUGAUGGAAUGCAGCAAGAGAUGGGAUUCAGCUUCUGGAGAUGACUACUCCUCUAUUGGCAGUUCCAUCCUCUCCCUUUCAACUUUUGAUAUUCCGAGGAUCCCAGCAAGACCAGACGCAGAUGAUAUCAUGCAGAAAUGUAGCACAAUCACUAAGAGAGCAGUGCAGAACUCAUUAAAAAGGCUCAGUCUCAAAGAGGCUCAAGUCAGCAGUCAGUCCUGUGCAUAGAGGAAGACUAACAAAGGCUAGAGUCUUCUGAUCGAAGAGGUAAAAUGUCUGGAGGACCAUUGGAGGAGCUGAAGUAAAGUCAGACUUAGACAAGAGUCCACACUCUUACUCUAUAUUCCUACGAGUCAGGAGCUUUUAAAAAAAUGUUUUAGUUUACAUAAUGUCUUAGCGGUAAUGCUAUAACUGUAGUAGAAUUUUAUCUACUGGAAAUAUUAUAGUGUCAGACAAUUACAAGACCAAUACAGUCUUUGAGUGUUUCAUAUUCCAGUUUAUUGGCAAUAGUGAAGCAUACUUAUGGCACAAAUGGUGAUGGGGAAUUUUAACAUUGACCUUAUUAUUGAUCUAAUUUUGUACUUGUAUCUUUGUUGCAAAAAUAAUUGUUUGUGUUUACGCCAUAACAUUUCAUAUAUCAACUAGUGUUCACUGUUGACUGCUCUAAGCCCGCUGAAGUUUGCCAUGGCCAGUCGGACACAGUUCACAACAACUGGAAAUCCAGACGCUGACUAUCUAUGGGUGGAAAGAGUAGACUUGAUAAAUUUCAUGUGGUCCUCUUAUAUUUAAGAAUGCAUGUCAUGUUGUUCUUACAAUAUAUACAUUUAUCUUGUAGAGAAAAUACUGUGUACUGAUAUGUCUUCAAUUUCAAUUUUUG